UUAAAUUCUUAGCCCGUCUUACUCAAUUUCUCGCUCCUUCCUUUGUUCUAGAGAAUGAUUAAUCUCAGGCCGCCGGAAGGUCGGGCCUCACCGGCGGUGGCACCGGCGUCGCCUUGUCCGCCGGUAACGGCGGAGAAGGCGUUCUCUUUCAUUUCACGAGGAUGGAGGGAGGUGAAGGAUUCGGCCGAUGCGGAUCUAAGAUUGAUAAAAGAUAGAGCUAACUCGUUCAAGAAUUUGGCGUCAUCGUUCGACCGAGAGCUGGAGAAUUUCCUGUAUUCCGCUUCGAAAUCAACGUUUGCUGUCCCAGCAAUCAGGUCAUCGUCAACGGAGGAGAUUGAUUUUGUGAAGCGUUUACAGCCGAAGCUUUCUGAAAUUCGCCGCGCAUACUCGUCUCCGGAUUUCAGCCGGAAGGUUCUGGAGAAAUGGAGUCCUAGGGCUAGAAUUCGCCUCGAUUUAUCUGCAAUAAGGAAUAUGGUGUCGGAGGUUGGAGAUGAUAUUGAGGGUUUGGAUGACCGUGAAACGUAUAGAAAAGGAAGAAAGGUAGGGUUUAGAGAUUUCAGGUGGGACUGGAAGGCAGAAUCUGGCGCUAAUGAAGGUCAAUCUUCUGACUGGGAACCAAUUCGGGCUUUCAAGUCUCGAUUGAGAGAGCUGGAGCAAAAGAAUUCAUCUUCAGUCAUCGAAAACCUCAAGAACAGUGAAUUCGUGGAGAAAGUGAAAUCCAGUUUGAAAUCAAUCUGCAAAGAGCAGUCAGACUCCAAGGAAGUUCCACAGAUCGAUGUACCAGAACUGCUGGCUUAUUUAGUUAGGCAAUCUGGUACUUUUUUUGAUCAACUGGGCAUCAAAAGUGAGAUACCCGACAAGAUAGUGGAGAGUCUGUGUAGCAAACGAAAGGAUGAAGCCUCCAUGAUUGACAGUGAUAACAUAAACGGCGAAUUGGACCUUAGGAUUGCGAGCGGCCUACAAAGCACGGGCCAUCAAUACGAUGAUAUGAAGCGGGACCCAUCAUCUGAUAAUAAACGACAUGUUGCGAUUGUCACAACAGCUAGUCUUCCUUGGAUGACAGGAACUGCUGUAAAUCCACUAUUUAGAGCAGCUUAUUUGGCUAAGUCUGCUAAACAAAACGUAACGCUUCUCGUUCCGUGGUUGUGUCAUUCCGAUCAACAGCUGGUUUAUCCUAACAUCACUUUCAGUUCACCGGAAGAGCAAGAAGUGUAUAUACGUAAAUGGGUGGAGGAAAGGGUGGGAUUUGAGGCUAAUUUCAAGAUUUCUUUCUAUCCUGGAAAGUUCUCAAAGGAAAGGAGAAGCAUAAUACCGGCUGGAGAUACUACACAGUUUAUUCCAUAUAGGGAUGCCGACAUUGCUAUCUUGGAAGAACCUGAACAUCUGAAUUGGUACCAUCAUGGAAAACGUUGGACAGAUAAGUUUAAUCACGUUGUUGGUAUUGUUCACACAAAUUAUCUUGAAUAUAUAAAACGAGAGAAGAAUGGGAUGAUUCAAGCUUUCCUUGUCAAGCACAUAAACAACUGGGUUGCAAGAGCAUACUGCCAUAAGAUUCUUCGGCUUUCAGCAGCUACCCAGGACUUACCAAAGUCUACCAUAUGCAAUGUCCAUGGUGUGAAUCCAAAAUUUCUGAAAAUUGGGGAAAGAAUCGCUGAAGAAAGAGAGCGUGGGGAGAAAUCAUUCACAAACGGAGCAUAUUUCUUAGGUAAAAUGGUUUGGGCGAAAGGGUAUAGAGAGCUGAUCGAUUUGUUAGCUAAACAAAAGAAUGACCUUGCUGGUUUCAAAAUGGAUGUAUUUGGUAAUGGAGAGGAUGCUCAUGAAGUUCAGAGCAUGGCUAGAGAACUUGAUCUGAAUCUCAAUUUUAUGAAGGGCAGAGAUCAUGCUGAUGAUUCUCUACAUGGUUACAAGGUUUUCAUAAACCCUAGCGUAAGCGACGUCCUUUGCACAGCCACAGCAGAAGCCCUAGCGAUGGGAAAAUUCGUCAUAUGUGCCAACCACCCAUCAAACGAGUUCUUCAGAACAUUUCCCAACUGUUUAACAUACACAAAUCCCGAUGACUUUGUCGAGAAGUUGAGAGAAGCAAUGUCGAGUGAGCCUCAACCUCUUACACCCGAACAAAUGUAUCAACUCUCAUGGGAAGCGGCCACUCAGAGAUUCUUAGAGUUUUCUGACCUUGACGAAGUCUUGAAUACCGAUAGAAGCAAUUCUUCGCGUAUCGUCAAAGCCAAAGCCAACCGAAUGGGGAAAAAAUCAGCAUCGAUGCCUAAUUUGUCGAAUAUUGUUGAUGGAGGAUUGGCUUAUGCACAUUAUUGUCUCACGGGUAAUGAGUUUCUUAGACUUUGUACUGGUGCAAUUCCUGGAACACGGGAUUAUGACAUGCAGCAUUCGAAGGAUCUUCGGUUAUUGCCCCCGCAGGUUGAAAAUCGUAUUUAUGGUUGGUAGAUUGGGCAUAAUGUAUAUCAUGAUCUGAUUUGUUAUAUAGAUUGUGUAGUUAGAUGUUACACUGUUAGUUGCCUUGUAGUUGGAAUUUGAAAGACUUGUGUUCUAGCUUUAUAUAUUUUUUGUUGUAUGAAAAGUAAAAUAGUAGAUAAAAUGAUAUGUUUGA